AAUGCCGGUUAUUGGCAUUUCUCUCCUCAUAAGCUGUCACGCUGACAGCUCGAGAGGAGAGCCGGGCACUGAUGAUCAGUGUGCCCUGGUGAUCUGUGUAGCCCCAGCAGUGCUACCUGUCAGUGUCCAUCAGUGCCAGCUGUUAGUGCUCAUCCAUGCCACCUGCCAGUGCCACAUCAAUGCCACAUUUCAGUGCCCAUCUGAGCUGCAUUUCAGUGUCACCCAUCAGUGCCAGUCAGUGCCACCUAUCAAUGCCAGUCAGUGCCGCCUAUCAGUGCUGCCAAUCAGUGCCGCCUAUCAGUGCCAUAUAUGAGUGCUGCCUUUCAGUGCCCAUCAGUGAUGCCUGUCAAUGCCCAUCAGUGCCACCUACCAGUGCCUCCUCAUUAGUGCCCAUCAAUG